UUUGCACCGAAAACUUGUUGUCUAAACAUCUAGCUCCACGAGGCAGGGUGUUUUUGUUGUUGUUGUUGUGUUCUCUCCACACGCGUUCCACUGCUCGUGUAUGUGUGGGUGUGUGCGUGUGUAUGGAAGCUCCUGACAUGACAUUCUACCUGCUCCCGGACAGGCCUACCGUGUGUGUGUGCGCAUUAUGUGUGUAUGUGUUUAUGUGAGGGAGUAAAUAGAGAAGAAGAGCCGAAUGCGAAGGAGAGAUAGAGAGGACCAAAAAAGGAUCAGGAUCAGGAGAGGAAGGAUAAUAGCAGCAGACAGGACCUGCCCGUGUCAAAAGGAUAACCACCGUACGGUUGCCAGAUCGGUAGUUCAGUUAAGCGAUAGCAGCGGAACAGUGAACACACAGCGCUUCCGUGCUCCGAAGCAAACAGUGCACCCGCUUCUUGAUCAAAGCACUUUGUGUGAGUGUUCGGUGUAGCAUUACAAAGACAGUUUCGUGUUGUGACACAAGUGCGACAUUGCAGUGAAGUCAGUGAAGACACAAACAUUGAGCAACACAGUGCAGCGGGAAGAGCGAUUGAAGCGAUAGAAGAAAGACUCAACAAACAAUCACGCUGAAUGCGACAGUGCGCAGUACUACUGCAGUGACGAGUUGAAGAAGCAGCGGUUUGUUUUACCAGCGACCACUAGCGCACACAGCCGUGUCCACCGUCGUGUAAAAUGUCUGUAAAAUCGGUCCCAUCAUCAGCAGCAUCGUCAGCGUCGUCUUCGUUGUCGUCGUGCAGUGAGAUAAGCAUCGAGGAGCUGCACGCCCGUUCAUCACCAGAUUUUUCUGCCGAAUUCACACUCGCCAACAUUAAGCAGGAGCCGCGUGCCGGAACAGUGUCCCCGAUACUGACACCACCACACACACCCACCGAGGACAGUAUUGGUGGGCUGAACGGUUCGCAAACGAUCAUCAGAACGACACCACCACCACACCAUCACCAGCAUCAGCAUCAUCAUCAUCAUCAUCACCCGUCGGCCCAGCACUCGACACCGCCGCGACACAUUCCACUGAACCACUAUCAUCCGUAUCAGUACGAGAUGGAGCGUUCGCGGACAGUCACCAUGCGUCAACAACAGCAGCAGCAACAGCAACAACAGCAGUUUCUUCAACAGCAGCAUCCAGCCGGUCAAGAUCUGGUGGGAGCGUUCGUGCCACAGCAAGCCCCGCAGACAAUCGUGACCGCCCCCUCCACAAACCCGAUCGAGGCCGCAUUCCUGUACCAGCAACAACAGCAGCAGCAGCAACAGCAACAGCAACAACAGCAGCAUCAGCAACAGCAGCGUCUCUGGCAGCAACAUCUCCAGCAAACCGGUUAUCAUCCAGCGGCGGCAGCAGCGGCCGCCGCAGCCGCCGCAACCCUGCCCGGUGCCUAUGCCCAUCCGCACGCCGCCCUCAUGCAGCACUGGAUUCGCAAUGCCGCCCUGUACCAGCAGCGCUUGCAUCCGCAUGCCCACGCCCACCCGCACGCACCGGCCGUCGGACACCAUGGGCACCAUCCCUACCCGAUGCUGGCCGGUGGUCGUCCCGGCUUGAAGCUGCCCGGGCACCACCACGGUGGACCGGGAAGUGGAGGUGGCAGCUCACGCCCGAAGAAACAGUUCAUCUGCAAGUACUGCAACCGACAGUUCACCAAGUCGUACAAUCUGCUGAUCCACGAGCGCACGCACACGGACGAGCGGCCGUACUCGUGCGACAUCUGCGGCAAGGCGUUCCGGCGCCAGGACCAUCUGCGCGACCAUCGGUACAUCCACUCGAAGGAGAAACCCUUCAAGUGUUCGGAUUGCGGUAAAGGCUUCUGCCAAUCGCGUACCCUUGCCGUGCACAAGGUGACCCAUCUGGAGGAGGCGCCGCACAAGUGCACGAUCUGCAACCGCACGUUCAACCAGCGGGCGAACCUGAAGACGCACAUGCAAAGCCACAGCCAACCGCAGGGCUCGGCAGGUCUUCCACUGGGCGGAUCGAUCGAACCGGUACUGAAUGGGCCUGCGCUCGAUCUGUCCCAGAAGUCGUCCUCUUCGUCAGCCGAGGAGAAGGACAUCAUCGUGGACGAAGACUUUGACGACGAGGAAGAAGAGCUGGAAGAGGAGGAAGAGGUGGAGGAGGGUGAGAUGGAGGGCGAAGAGGAGGAACAGCUCGACCUGGAAGGUGAUGGCGAUGGAAUGGGGGUGGAUGUGCGGCAGAUGCUGCUGCUGGAGCAUGCCAACAGUGCUGCAGCGAAUUUGCAUACACCCAGGCGCAACGCAACGACUUCGGCCACUGCGACGAGUGCACCGGCCGGUCCAACAACGGUGACCCCAAAGCGAUCGCUCGGCUUCUCCAUCGACGAGAUCAUGCAGCGAUAGAGCGAUGGGGGGGAGGGAAAGCAUAAAGAGGCUAACCAGAGGGAGAGAGAAAGAGGGAGAGAGGUGUUGAUGUUCCUUACCGUCGUAGUCCGCGUGCGCAAAGCUUAGGUUAUGUUUAGGGUUUUAUUAGAGGUCGCCAACAGAGAAAAGCUGAUACCGAGAAACGGUCCGAGGUUUUGUGUUGCAGGAUAUUAACGCAUACCAUAGCCAUACAGAGUUAAGCCAAACGUAAUCCCAGCACCAAGAGCACACGUAAAGGUGUGCCGAAGAAAAGGCACAGAUAAUUGGGCUCGAAAGUACACACAAGGAAAGAGGGAACGGAUGAACCAUGUACAUACAACCAAAGAGAGACGGGAAAGAAGAUGAUGAUGAUGAUCGAUAGGGAAAGGGCGAUGACGAUCACCAGCACACAGAUAGCAAGAGAGCAAACGAGUGAGCGAGAGCGCAUAGGACGAGCUUGAAGGGAUCUUUCGAAUCCAUUCCAAUUCAAUUCCAAUUCCCAGGGUGUAUGCAACAGUUAGAGCAAUUUAACAGGUUUUAGCAGCACAGGCAAGCCGGAAUGGGGAAAAGGGAAGGUAUCUAUUAUUUUACAAUCGAUACCACACACACAAAACACAUUGUAUGUGUGCCCGUUGUACGGUGCAGCGGUUUUUUUGCGUUUUCCCCAUUUUGCCGGCAAUCUGGGACAAUGUUUACAAAGACUGAUAUUUGUUUUUAUUACUUACUAAUUAUUGCUGAGACGCAAGGAGGCUCGUUCGAGAAGAGGGCAGGCAGGCAGCAGAGCAAUAAUAGUAUGCCAGGGAUAGUGUGUCUCACCCGCUGUACCCGCUGUAUCCCUUUGGGCAGAGUAAUUGAUAGGAGGGGUGCAGGUACCAAAGUGUUGAGACCCGUUGCCGAUGGGUCGCCCCGGGAUCGAUAGUAUCGCCCGGGCGCGGCGUGAAGGAAGCGUUAGGCCAAAGCCAAAAACAAUCGAUUAGGGUAUAAUGCAGCGGACACGCACGCCGUUGCGUCGUACACGUCGUACACAAGUAUUCUUUUUUACUGAUCUCAUACAGAGCAGGGGUGUAUUCUCGAGGGGAUUGUCGCGUUGACAAGGUGUCGUGCAUGACAACGCUAGACAGAUAGCCAGGAGAACGAUAACUAAUGUCCCUCAAGAUGGGGCAUGGCAGGCACAUAGGCAGCAAUGUGAAAGGAUUAUUCUGUAUAUAGUUAGCACAAUUCAAUGUAUAUUAUGUUACUAUUCUGUAGAUCUGUAAGCAUUACCAGUAGAGCACGAUGUAGGUGUGUAAGAUACGUAAAUUAUUACUGAGACCGAUCCAAAUAAUAAAUAGAAAACCUUAGCGAUAAUGUUACAAUAUUUCGCAAACUAUAUAA